GCCGGACAAGACAAGAUGUCCAGCAGCCGCGGCAAGUUGCCGCCACGUUCCGAUCGCAAUGCCAACGAGGAGGAGCAGCUGCAGCAGCUACAGCUGGGCGCCAGGCCCAAGGCCCAUAAAAUGCUGCACUCAAAGACUGACAACCCGUCACCGGGACAUGCCAACUACAUGGAGCUGGAAUUUAGCCAAGUGCCGGCAGUCGGUCGCAGCUGCAGCGAGCUGCCUGUUAGCUAUGCCACCAGCACAGUUGUGGUGCCAGUGCAGGCCUAUCGGGAGCCGGCUCCGCCCACGCCGCCCCCGCUCUCGCAGAUACCGUCGCGUGAAUCGCGCUUGUUGCACUCGGCGCCAAAUACGCCCAGUCGCGGUAAAGUGGUGCUCAGCAAAAAGGAGCGCAAGGAGCUGAGCAAGCAGCUGGGCCUGGAGGAGCUGGGCGUUAGCACCUCAGCGCAAUCCAGCCCCUACAAGGGGCGUGUCACGGAGCUUAAGAACUGCAUAGCGCGUGGCCUUUUCGCAACGUUGCAUCGUGGCUCGCAGAAGUCGCUGCAGCCAGCGGCGGGGGCGGCGGCAGUAGAGCGGGGCAGCCAGGACAUGCAGCUGAGUCAAGAGUUGUCACCGCCGCCGCCAGCGCCAGAGCUGGCCAACAACAAUGAAGACGAUGCCGCCGACUACACAGAGAAGCUAAAGAACUUGCCCGUGCGGCGACGUAAGGCAGCCACCUCGCACAUGGACAACUAUUGUCUCUUCGAUCCGGUGGACUUUAUCAACGAGAAGGCGCUGCGGUAUCCCGGCAAUGCGAAACAUGGUUUGCGUGAUCCUUUGUUCAGCUCCAGGCAGCAUCUGGUGUGCGAGGAUGAGGAGGAAUUGGUGCCGGAGGUCAUCUACGAUGGCGAGGAGCUCGAGGAGACCAUCAUUAUUGAGACCUCCGGCGAAGCGGAUGCCGAAACUGAGGGCAGCGCUUGUGCUUUGCCCAGUUUUGAGCAUCACAAUUAUUUUGUCAUCGAUCCGGAGGACUUUGAAAUGGAGCCGGCCAUUCUAGACAUAGGCAUACCUAAUCCCUACAGCAACGAACAGCAGGUGCAUGCCAAGCUGGAGCAACAGCUGCUGAAUGAGUUCGAAACAGCGCCCAGCAUGUCGAAUAGUCAGGAGUCGAAGGACACAGAAACCACCUCCACUGCUCUUGUGGAAUCCUCCACCUCCACCAAUUCGGCCAGCUCGAGCGGCAGCUCAAAUGCACAGCAACACCAACAACAGCAACAACAGCAGCAGCAGCAGCAGCAGUCCAUGAAAAAGAAGCUUACCUUUCUAAAUCUCUCGCCCUUUCGUCCGAGCGCCAAGAAAAGCAAUCAGAAAACCUUUAUGGAACAGCGCGCCAUCUCGGAGCUGGUCACCUCCGAUCACAUGCUGCAUCUGCAGCAGCUAUUGCAGCAACAGCGCAAGGAUCAGCGCGCCCACACGGUGCCCAUCGAGUCCAACUAUGUGCUGUUCAAUCCGGGACCCGUGCCCAGCCGCCAUGUGCAGUACAAGAUACGUAAGCCCCGUCCGCUCUCCACUCACAGCGAUGCGGACAGUGGAUUCCUCUCGCCUUGCUCACCGGAUGAACUGAAGGUCAAUCCAAGCAUUUUGGUGCUGCAGCAAUGCGACAGUGUUCAGGGUUAUAUUGAGAUCUACACGGACUGGGCCAACUAUUAUUUGGAGCGCGCCAAGUCGAAGCGAAAGGUCACAGAUCUUUCGGCCGACUGUCGCGAUGGCCUUCUCCUCGCUGAGGUCAUCGAGGCAGUUACCAACUUUAAAGUUCCCGAUCUAGUCAAGAAACCAAAGAAUCAACAGCAAAUGUACGACAACGUCAACUCGUGCCUGCACGUGCUGAGGAGUCAAUCGGUGGGCGGCUUGGACAAUAUCACAACCAACGACAUCUGCGCGGGUCGCCUGAAGGCUGUUCUAGCCCUGUUCUUUGCCUUGAGCCGCUACAAGCAGCAGGCGAAGCAAACCAAAUCCAUUGGCGUGGGCUGUGGCGGUGGCGGUGGCUCUGGUGCAGUUGGCUCUGGAGGCGGUGGCUCCGUUUUGGGCAUUGGCCUUGGUGGCAGCUUGAGAGCAUCUGCCGCAAGUAAUUUGCAGCAGGAGCAACAGCAACAGCAGCAGCAGCAGCAACAACAGCAGCAACAACAAACGCCACAGCAGUUGGCUCAAUCCUUGGAGAACGGCAAUGAGAUGGUGAAUCGACAAAUCGCGCCCGCCUAUACGAAGGUCAAUGGCGGCACGGCCAUUCCGCUGCCCGCGACGGUCAUGGUCCAGCGUCGCUGCCCCCCGGACAAGGUGCGCCCGCUGCCCCCGACCCCGAAUCAUACGCCAUCCAUACCGGGUUUGGGCAAGAGCGGCAGCGAUUUUAAUAGCAGCCGUCCAAACAGUCCGCCCACCAGCAAUCACACCAUCCAGAGCCUGAAGAGCGGCAACAACAACAGCCUGCGUCCGCCGAGCGUGAAGAGCAGCCAUCAGAGCGGCAUUCCGUCGCCGAGCAGCCUGAAUGCGCCCACGGCGCCGCAGAAGCACUCGAUGCUGGAUAAGCUGAAGCUGUUCAACAAGGAGAAGCAACAGAAUGCAGCAAAUGCAACGGCAGCUGUUGCAUCCAAUAAAACGCAAAUUCAAUCGAAGCGCACCUCCUCCUCCUCGGGCUUCAGUUCGGCGCGCUCGGAACGCUCCGACUCCAGCCUGAGCCUCAACGAUGGACACAAUUCGCAGCUGAAGCCGCCCAGCAUUAGUGUCAGCGCACAGAAGAGCCAACAGAAGCACAACACAAAGCAGUCUAAGCUGCUGGCGGCGCAGCAGAAGAAGGAUCAAGGCAAACCCAACAAGCUGGACAAGAAGGAGAAGAGUCCGGCCCGUUCGCUGCACAAGGAGGAGCAACAGACGCUCUCGGGCAGUGAAUCGCGCAGCUCCACAAUGGGACGUGCGGGCAAAAAUACGCUGGCACGUGGCAAUGCCGAGAAGAAUACACUGAAGACGUCUUCCAAAACCUCGCUGCACUCCAAAUCCGAUUCCAAGUGCUCGCUGAAGAGCCAAAGCCAACAGCAGCAGCAGCAGCAGCAGCAGCUCCUGCACAGUCCCAGCGGCACGGGCCUGCCCAAACCCAUUGCGGCCAUCAAAGGCACCAGCAAGUUGCCGCAGCUGGGCGUGCCCCAUGGCUCCGGUGAGCUGUUUAAGCGUGAAUCAAGCGACAUAUCGAACAAUCAGGGCAACAUAUCGCAGGAGCAGCCGCAGCAAUCGGCUGCCAGCCAAGCCACACAUAUCCUCAAGGGCUUGCCCUCGACACCACCGCCUCCAUAUUAUGCCAAUGCGCCGCCUCCGCCGCCGCCGUCAUCCUCGGGCAACCACAUAUCAGCUGUUUACUCUGGCAGCGGAUCGGGCUACCUCAGCGAGCCCAGCACGCCGCAGCAGGGCGGCAUCUAUGGCAGCAGCCGUCUGCCGCCACCGAAAUCCGCGCUCAGCGCACCACGCAAACUGGAGUACAAUGCGGGUCCGCACAUACUCAAUGCGGCACAGUCGCCCCGCUUGCCGUUGCAGCGUCCGAUGCACAAUUCGGCGCCCAAUACGCCCACCGGCUCGCCCAGCAAAUUUCAUACGAUACCCUCCAAAAUAGUGGGCACCAUUUACGAGUCCAAGGAGGAGCAGCUGCCGUCAUCUGCAGCCAGCUCCUCCUCCGGCUCCUCGGUGCUGCCCAUGCGCCCGCUGCUGCGCGGCUACAAUUCGCAUGUGACGCUGCCCACGCGUGGAGCACGCGGCGGACAACCGCAUCCGCAUCAAUCGUAUCUAGACUUUUGCGAGUCGGACAUCGGACAGGGCUACUGCAGCGACGGCGAUGCGCUGCGCGUGGGCAGCUCUGCUGCAGCCAGUCGCUAUCAUGACAUCGACAACGGCUAUCUGUCCGAGGGCAGCAGCGGCUUGGGCGGCACAGGAUCAGCGGGCGGUGUCGCCCAUGGCAAACACUUUCUCAGCAUGAUGCGCGCCAGAACACAGCUACCAACAACCAUUGAGGAACGCAUUCGCAGCAGUCGCGGCUCGCUUGAUAGCAUUGGGACCGCUGCCAACGGCAGCUCGGCGGCAAGCCAGGCCAGCUCCAGCGGCGGCUCCACCAGCAACAACAGUAACAAUAUCAACAACAACAACAACAAUAAUAAUAACAACAACAGCAAAAUGGAUGGCAGUCCACAUCAUCGUCCGGGCUCACGAAAUGGACGCGAUAACUGGACCAAAAUGCCAGAACCGCUCAACGGCCACAAGGUGGACAGAUCGGAGAAGUCAUCGCCAUCGCGUCGCAGCAUGGGCGGCGGCAGCGGCAGCUCAUCCAAGCAGGGCUCGCCCUCGUCCUCAUCGCGCACCAAGGGCGUGCCGCCCAGUUUUGGUUAUGUGAAACGCGCCAAUGGCAGCAUCGCCUCCACGGCGGAGCAACAGAACAUCGCAAUGCUGAUGGCAGUCGGCGGGGGCCAGGCCAUGGUCAAUGGCUUGCCCUGCGGACGCACCGCUCACGUGUCCGCAGUUCCGCGCACCGCCAGCGGCCGCAAGGUCACCGGCGGCACACAAACCCUACCCAAUGAUAUGAACAAGUUGCCACCGAAUACGCAACAUCGCAGCUUCUCGUUGACGGGCCCCACAGCAACACAGCUGAGCCAGUCCAUACGCGAGCGUUUGGCCACGGGUUCGCACAGUUUGCCCAAACCUGGCAGCGAUAUGCAAAUAUUCCAGCACAGAAUCUCUACGCGUGGAGGCGCCACUCGCCACGAUGGGUCGCUCUCUGACACGCAAACCUAUGCGGAGGUCAAGCCCGAGUACAGCUCGUAUGCCAUGUGGCUGAAGCAUAGUAAUACGGCGGGCAGUCGCCUCUCUGACGGCGAUGCCAUAGAUCAGAUGCAGAUUGGUUCGCCCGCGAUGACGCGUCAUGGCCACAAAAUGCUGCACAAUCGGGCAUCGGGCACAGUGGGGCAAAUGCCCGUUCAGGGCAAUGAAUCGCCCUAUGUGCAGAGUCCGCGCAUGAAUCGCAGCAAUAGCAUCAGAUCCACCAAAUCGGAGAAAAUGUAUCCCUCGAUGCUGAGCCGCGGCGGAGACGUGGAAAUCGAGCCCUACUACUGCCUGCCCGUGGGCACCAACGGGGUGCUCAGCGCCCAAAUGGCCGCCGCAGUGGCCCAGGCCCAGGCCCAGGCCCAGGCUCAGGCUCAGGCCCAGGCACAGGCGGGCAAUGUGGCCGGCAAUGCGGCUGCCGUGGCCUGGAGCCAGCCCACCUCGCCCACGCCCCUCAGUCGCGGCCCCUUUGCGUCAGCUGCGUCUGCGCUGUCGCCCACACACGGCACGGCGGCUGCGGCCCUGGCAGCGGUGGCAGCAGCUGCAGCGGGAGCCGGACAUGGCGGCGGCGGCAACGCAUCGCAUCGUCUGACAUAUCCCAAAAAGAAUGAUGAAGUUCAUGGCAGCGCCGCCUCGCUGCUGUCGGGCGGGAGCUCGUUGUACGGCUCGGCAGAGGAGCGACAGGCGCAUGAGAUACGCCGCUUGAAGCGCGAACUGCAGGAUGCACGGGAACAGGUGCUCAGCCUGAGCAGCCAGCUGUCAACCAAUGCCCAUGUGGUAUCCGCGUUCGAGCAGUCGCUAACCAACAUGACAAAUCGCCUGCAACAGCUGACUGCGACGGCGGAGCGUAAGGAUGGGGAGCUGACAGACAUGCGGCAGACGAUUGAGCUGCUGCGCAAGCAGUCCAUCCAGGCGGGCCUGACCACCGCGCACAUGCAGAGCAUGGGCGUACAGACGCAGGGCCAGAGCCAGAACGAGCUGAUGCUGCAGCAGAAGCCGCCGCCAGUGCCCGUGGGCAAUGCACGACCUGGAAAUCCCAAUGUCAACACAAAUGGCAAUGGCCUGGGUGUGGGUGUGGCCAUGCAGCGACAGCACAGCACGGAUUCGAUGUGCUCGCUGAACUCGAUCAGCUCGGGCUGCUCGGCGGCGCAGGAUAAGAACAAGGCGAACAAGAAGAAGGGCUGGCUGCGCAGCAGUUUCACCAAGGCCUUCUCGCGCAAUGCCAAAAUCUCGAAGACGAGUCGCCAUGUGGGACAGCACCAUCAACAACAGCACGAGCACAGCUCCAGCAAAACGUCGCUGCCUAAUGGACACGGACAUGGACAUGGACACGGGCACGGACACGGCGAGCCGCUGGGCUUGGCCGCCUUGGCCACGCAUCCGGCACCACCGAUGCCCGUGGCGAAUGCGUCCAGCAAGCAGAGCAGCCCGGCCAAGACGGUAACGCUGAUAGACAAUGCCAAGCCCAUCGAUGCCAUUGACCAGGAGGAUCAGCAUAUGGUCGAGGAUCUGAAGAAGCAGCUGCGCGAAAAGGAUCUGGUGCUCACGGAUAUACGCUUGGAGGCGCUUAGCUCCGCCUCGCAGCUGGAGAGCCUCAAGGACAUGAUGAACAAGAUGCGCGCCGAGAUGAUGUCGCUUAAGCAGAAUAACGAGCGUCUCCAGAAACUGGUCACCAGUCGCUCCCUUGCCGGCUCCGAGGCUAGCCUCGGCCAGGCCAUCAGCCCGAAUGGCUCGCUGGGCGGUGGCGCCGGCGGCUCGGAUGCCUCGCGUCGCUACUCACUGGCCGACGGCAAUGCACGGCCACCCAUGGAGCUGCCGCCACGUCUGACCGAGGAGCUGGAGGAGGAUUGCAUGCCGCCGGCACCUGCACCGGAGCCACCGCCACCGCCAGCACCCAGUGCAGCGUCCGGCACAGCGCCGCUAAGUCCGAACACGCACAUCGAUCUGACGCCACCGCCACCCGCGCUGGAGGCGGCACAGCUGGGCAGCCCGGUGCAUAUGGCCAGCACCGUCGAGGAGCUGCCUGAUGUGUGCGACGGCAAGAAGAUAGCGAUUGCCUGCUACUUGGGCCAGCCCGAAUCGUUUGCCAAGUACUGCGAUGAGCUGCUCGAACUGGAUGACUUCUAUGCGAAUGGCGCCAUCAUUGCCAGCCACGAGGCGGAGCAGUGCCAGGGCCAAGUCCAAGGACAGGGGCAGCAAGUGCAGCAGGGCGAGCGACAGGCAUCUGGUACGAAUGAGUUUAUCAUUGCCUGCACCUACAUUUCGGGAAAAACGACCUGGCAGAAUCUAGACUAUAUUGUUCGCAAGACCUUCAAGGAUUAUGUGGCACGCAUUGAUCCCGGCACCAAUUUGGGCCUCAACACAGACUCGAUUACAUCGUAUCAUCUGGGCGAGGCGAAGCGUGGCCCUGAAAUGGGCUUCCCGGAGCUGCUGCCCUGCGGCUAUAUUGUGGGCAAUGUGAAGACCCUGUAUAUAUGUUUACAGGGUGUCGGCAGUCUGGCUUUCGAUAGCCUCAUUCCGCGCAGCAUUGUGCAUCGAUAUAUAAGCUUGCUGACGGAGCAUCGGCGCUUAAUCCUGUGCGGCCCCAGCGGCACGGGCAAAUCCUAUUUGGCGCGCCGCCUGGCCGAGUUUUUGGUGGCACGCGCGGGCCGUGGUAAUCCAUCGGAGGCCAUCGCCACGUUCAACGUGGACCACAAGACCUCCAAGGAUCUGAGGCAAUAUCUGGGCCACAUUGCUGAGCAGGCGGCCAUUGCGAAUGGCGUCUCGGAGCUGCCAUCUGUGAUCAUAUUGGACAAUUUGCAUCAUGCCUCCGCGCUAGGGGAUGUCUUCUCGUGCCUGCUCAGCGCCGGGCCGGCCACCAAGCUGCCCUGUAUUAUUGGCACCAUGUCGCAGGCCACCUGCAACACCACCAAUCUGCAGCUGCAUCACAACUUCCGCUGGGUACUCACGGCCAACCACAUGGAGCCGGUCAAGGGCUUCCUCGGUCGCUUUUUGCGCCGUCGCCUGUUCCAAUUGGAGCUGCAGACGCAGCAUGCGCAGUCCGAGCUUGCCGCGGUACUCGCCUGGCUGCCAUCCGUUUGGCAGCACAUCAAUCGCUUCCUCGAGGUGCACAGCUCCAGUGAUGUGACCAUUGGACCGCGCCUGUUUCUCUCCUGCCCGCUGGACCUAAAGGACUCGCAGGUGUGGUUCACAGAUAUCUGGAACUAUCAUCUGUCGCCCUAUCUGAUCGAGGCGGUGCGCGAGGGCGUGCAGCUUUAUGGGCGACGCGGUGGCGCCUGGAACGAUCCCUCGGUCUUCAUACGCAACUCAUAUCCCUGGCCCUAUGGACCCGAUUCGGUGCCGCCGCUGCGUCAGAUUAAUGCCGAGGAUGUCGGCCUGGAGGGCGUGGCUCUCAGCAAUGGCGAGCAACAGGAUCCAUUGCUAAACAUGCUGAUGCGUCUGCAGGAGGCAGCCAACUACUCGGAGACACAGGAUCAGGAAUCAGACUGUGCCAGCCUGGACUCUAAUGUAACACCAGACAGCUCGGCGGGCGCCGAGUAGUGCGUCCCUUCCCAGAUCUUAACUUCUUACAUGCCAAAUUAGUUGUUUUUUUGUUUGCGUUGCAACUGAGCGCCUUUGGAAACUGUCCCACACCCUCGCACACACACACACACUCCCACACACAUCCCACAAAGGAAAUUUCUUGCACUACUUUCGCAUACGAGUUCAAAAGCAGUUUCAAGAGUUUUCCAUUUGCACAAAACCAAUAAACUAUCAACCUACACUCUGAGAAAAUAUGUAAAUUAAGUACUCGAAAUCUUGGCUAAAUCAGCCAAGGCUGAAAUUCCUGAAUUUUUUGUAAAUCCAAAUCGCAAAAAUACAAAAGUCAACUACAGUAAUCAAUCUAUUGCCAAUUCGAAGUAUAAAUAGUUGGUAUUUAAAUCAAGCAUAUUUACGUCAAUAUUGAAAUCAAGAAUGUUCAAGAAUUAUAAAGAACAAAUCCGUAUAAGUUCUAUCUUAUUCAUAAUAGAAUUAAAAAAGAUAUUUCUCUGAGUGUAUCAUCUUCUCUUAUUCUCUCUCUCUCUCUCUCUUUCGUUGUCUCCAAUGUAGAAUUGCACUUUUUAGCGCACUUGUUAAAAAUGCAAAUUUCCAACAUCAGUAAACCAUAAAUAAAGAAAUCAUCCAUCUAUAUUCAUAAAAUCUGGUAACCAUUUGCGUUAGCUCAGCGCAGGCCAAAGACAAAAAAUAAAUUGAAAAAGAAAGCCCAACAUAUAAUGUUAAAGAAUUGCUAAAGAAAAAACAGCACACUUUUUGUAUAUAGAAAACCAAAAACAACCCUAACUACAUUUAAGUAACAAACUCUACGACGGUAUCAACAUUUUAUACCCAAACAAAAUAUCGAUAAACAAAAA